AUGAGCUGGGCCGCGGGGACCUUGCGGGCCGGCCAGAGAGUGAGCGUGGCCCAAGUAAAGCUCAGGAGCCCAGGGAUGGCUCUGUGGCCUCUUCAGGCAGCGCCCAUCUGGACCAGCCGUGCUUGGUGGUUCUCCACCCCAUCGUCCAACAUGGCCACCGUGAAGUGUGAGCUUUUGAAGAAGUUAAGUUCUGAAGAGCCGGUUCAUCACAGCAAGGUCUCCGUCAUAGGAACUGGAUCCGUGGGCAUGGCCUGUGCGGUCAGCAUCUUACUAAAAGGCCUGACUGAUGAACUUGCCUUUGUGGAUAUUAAUGAAGACCUGCUGAAGGGCGAGACAAUGGAUCUUCAGCAGGGCAGCCUUUUCGCGAAAAUGCCAAAUAUUAUUUGCAGCAAAGAUUACAGUGUCACUGAGAACUCCAACUUAGUGAUUGUCACAGCAGGUGCUCGCCAGGCAAAAGGAGAAUCACGCCUUAAUUUAGUCCAGCGAAAUGUAGCCAUCUUUAAAUUAAUGAUUUCCAGUAUUGUUAAAUACAGCCCCUGCUGCAAGGUGAUGAUUGUUUCCAAUCCAGUGGAUAUCUUAACUUAUGUAGCCUGGAAGUUGAGUGCAUUUCCUAAAAACCGUAUUAUGGGAAGUGGCUGUACUCUAGAUACUGCUCGUUUCCGUUACCUGAUUGGACAAAAGCUUGGUAUCCACUCUGAAAGCUGUCAUGGCUGGGUACUUGGAGAGCAUGGAGAUUCAAGUGUUCCAGUGUGGAGUGGAGUGAACAUCGCUGGAGUCCCUCUAAAGGAUCUGAACUCGGCUAUAGGAAGUGAUAAAGAUCCUGAGCAGUGGGAAAAGGUCCACAAAGAUGUGAUUGCUAGUGCCUAUCAGAUUAUUAAAAUGAAAGGUUAUACUAAUUGGGCCAUUGGCCUAUCUGUAGCUGAUGUAGCAGAAAGUAUUUUGAAGAAUCUCAGGAGAGCCCAUCCAGUUUCCACCAUAAUUAAAGGUCUCUAUGGAAUAAAUGAAGAAGUAUUCCUCAGUGUUCCUUGUAUCAUAGGAGAAAAUGGCAUAACAGACCUUAUAAAGAUAAAGUUGACCCGUGAAGAGGAGAUUCGUUUGAAAAAGAGUGCAGAAACACUGUGGGCAGUUCAGAAGGAGCUCAAGCUUUAAAGUUGUCUGAAGUCAUGGAAGACAAGAUACUAGAUAUGGGAUUGUAUAUGGCAAAGUUUUGAAUAAAC